AUGAAGUACUCAUGGAAUGUAAUGUGUGAAGUGAUGAGACUUGUUCCUUCUCAACAAGGAACCUUCAGAGAAGUCUUAACUGACUUCACAUAUGCUAGUUACACAAUUCCAAAGGGCUGGAAGGUAUAUUGGACAGUUAACACAACAAACAAGAACUCUAAGUACUUUCGAGAUCCAAAAAAAUUUGAUCCGUCAAGGUACGAAGGCGGAGAAGCACCGGCUCCAUACACGUACGUGCCGUUUGGAGGUGGGCCUAGACUUUGCCCCGGAAAAGAGUAUGCUCGUUUAGUAAUGCUAACUUUCAUCCACAAUGUGGUGAAGAAGUAUAAAUGGAAGGUACUUUUUCCAAAGGAGAAGGUUUUAGGUGAUAUGGUGCCAAUGCCAGAAAAAGGAGUUCCAAUUCGCCUCCACCCCCAUUAG